CAACGUCGCCGCCAGCAGGAGAAGGCGCGGGCGUGAGGCGCGCGUCUGCGUCGCUCCUUGGUCUGCGGCGCGGGCGUGCGGGGCCGCCUUCGCCCGGCCGGGACCGGGUCGCGCCAGGUGAACGCUGCCCGACGGCCCGACCGCCCGUGCCCCGCGGCGGCGCAUGUCCGGGCCGGGCUGCGCUGCGUCUGGGCAGCGCCCCCUGCCGGCCGCGGCGCCCCGCGGGGGUGGGGGCGGGCCAGCCUCCUCGGGCCUCGCCGGGCCUCCUCGCGCGGGUCGCGCGUUCCUUUGUUCGCCGCCGCGCCCGGCCCCCUCCUCCUCCUCUUCUUCCGCCGCCGUCGCCGCCCAGCGAGUCCCGGGCGCCCAGUGCGCCCCGCCCGCCAACAUGGCCGCUGCCGCGCCGCGCCCGGCGCUCCGGGCGCCGUCGGCCCCUUAGCGCUGCUUUUGUUUCUCGGCGCCACCGCCGGCGCCUCCGCCCACGCCUGAGUGCUUGUGGAUUUUUUGCUGAACUUGUAAAAGAAACUCUUGGAUGGUGGAUUAAUAAGAACAUUGGCUGUCUGAAAAGUUUCCAAUUGGAGAAUAUUGAAUUUUCACCCUAGUCCAGCAGCUCUGCUGCUCACUUAAAUACAGAUGAAUGAAGACCCCAUUUGGAAAGACACCUGGCCAGCGGUCCAGAGCUGAUGCAGGACAUGCUGGUGUAUCUGCAAACAUGAUGAAGAAAAGGACUUCCCACAAAAAACAUCGAAGCAGUGUGGGGCCCAGCAAGCCUGUUUCCCAGCCCCGGAGGAACAUCGUAGGCUGCAGAAUUCAGCAUGGGUGGAAAGAAGGGAAUGGACCUGUUACACAGUGGAAAGGAACAGUUCUGGAUCAGGUUCCUGUAAAUCCUUCUUUGUAUCUUAUAAAAUACGAUGGAUUUGACUGUGUUUAUGGACUAGAACUUAAUAAAGACGAAAGAGUUUCUGCACUUGAAGUCCUCCCUGAUAGAGUUGCAACAUCUCGGAUCAGUGAUGCACACUUAGCAGACACAAUGAUUGGCAAAGCAGUGGAGCAUAUGUUUGAAACGGAGGAUGGUUCUAAAGAUGAAUGGAGGGGAAUGGUCUUGGCACGCGCGCCUAUAAUGAACACGUGGUUUUACAUUACCUAUGAGAAAGAUCCUGUCUUGUAUAUGUACCAGCUCUUAGAUGACUAUAAAGAAGGUGACCUUCGCAUUAUGCCUGAUUCUAACGAUUCUCCUCCAGCAGAAAGGGAACCAGGAGAAGUUGUGGACAGCCUGGUAGGCAAACAAGUGGAAUAUGCCAAAGAAGAUGGCUCGAAAAGGACUGGCAUGGUCAUUCAUCAAGUAGAAGCCAAACCAUCUGUCUAUUUCAUCAAGUUUGAUGAUGAUUUCCAUAUUUAUGUCUACGAUUUGGUGAAAACAUCCUAGAUGUCAUCAUGAACUUUGCCAAAUUUGUGGAACUAUUAAAUGUAUAAUUUGUAGACACAAAGACUUGAUUGCUUUCCAGUUUAAUGAAAGCUUAAAUGUCCCUGCGAACCCACAAUCUCUGCCAGCAAAACUGUUUUGUUCUGAGUAGUACAUAUAUAUAUAUAUAUAUAUAUAUAUAUGUGAACACAAAGCAUUUUGUUUAAGGAACCCCUUCCUCUUAAAAGAAGCCUGUCUGUUUGAAGGGGAGUUACAGACACGUUUGGUAAAAGUUAAGCUAAUAUCAUAGUCAUCUAAAAUUAUAAUAGAUCUUAAUCAUUUUCCCCUUCACCUUAACACACUCUUAUUCUGCUGCCACAAUGCAAGCGUAGUUUGGUAUUUUUGUUACUGCCUUUUUGAGAUAUGUAUCUGUCUACCUAGCUAUUUGUCUUAUGUGUACACAGGAGUGCUAUAUGUAUACACAUAGAUAUAUGUGUACACAUACACUAUUGGCAGUCCUUUCUUUGUGGAUUGGGGUAGGGGUUAAAUACUUUUCUCCAGUUUAAUAGGAGUGCUUGACCCAAGUCAAUCAUAUUUACUGUAUUAUAUUCUUUAUUUUAAAAUAAAUUUGGACACAGGAAGCAUGAAUGUUCAACUUGUUUUGUAAGUCAAAAGUUCAGUGCACCUUUUAAAUCUGGAGUUGUCUCUUCAAACUAUAAGUCAGAAUAUGAAACAACUGUGAAUAAUGACCCACAUUAGAAGUGGUACAGAUUGGUUAGAAAUCUGGUUAGAAGGCUGACUUUAAUUCUAAGCAUUGUAAAUUUUUUGUUUGUUUAUAUUUUAAAUCGUAAGUACCCUUUAGUAAAACCCAGUUACUUGGUCCACAAUGUAUAAUGCAGGUGUGUUUUGGAUGGCACAUUUGAUCCGUUAUUUGUACAAAUUAAUAACCUGGGUAUUAUCAUGAAUUUAAAAGGCAAUAGCAGUGAUUUGUGCAUAUGUGUUUUAAGUUCCUAGAAGAACACAGUGCUUUUACAUUUAGAAAAGUAAGUUUUAAGAAUGGCGUUGUUGCCUUCUAACAAGUUCUCUGGGAUUCUUUUAUUUUAACUAUUAUUAUGAUGAUGAUUGAUUGAUAAAUGAUUAUGGUCAGAAGACUUUUUAUCCCUGCUUUUCCCCACAGAGAAUGUCUAGACAAAUAACAGCUUAAAUCUCUUAAAGACUUUUGUGGUGUUGUAUGUUUUUGCUUAAAGUAUGCUGUUAAUGUGGAUUCCGUUCAGUGGACUCUAGGAUUUUGCAUGUCAGUGGUAUAUUACCAUAUAAGGUUCAGUCAUCCAUGUUAGCUUGUGGGUGUAAGUUAUAGCAUCCCUUAGCCACAGAAUCCUUUCAUGGUUUAUUCCUGCAAGGUAGUUUUAAACCAAAACAGAACUGCAAAAGUGGUUGAUUUAGCAGUGAAAUCUCCAUAUAUCACUUUGUUUGGGAUGAACCUUAGCGGUUUGAAAGCAAGGAGAAAGGCAGUAUAUGAAACCGGUCUCUUGUGGAACAGUUAAGAGGCCUGAGAUUUGAUCUUGUAUAUUUAGUGGGCAGAAGCCUAGGCAUACAUGCUGUCAGUCAGCACCAGAGGUUUUGCAUCUGAGUUCUGUGUGACUAAUUUGCUCUGACUGGUCUUGAAGUUAGAAAUUCAGAAGUAUAAAGACCUUUCUCCACACAUUUUGCUUGAUUCUCAUUUAAGCCUUAAGGUUUGUGCCUCAUUGUGCUGUUGGAUUGUAACAACUACUCACCAUGUAAAUACAGUAUCUCAAUUCUCUGCCCAUGACUGUGGUUGUAUUGUGCCCAGUUUUUCACCUCAGACAACCAAAGGCAAGCUUCUCAAUGCAAUGUGAAAGCACUGAGUAUCCGAGUCAUAAAUGUUUCUUGUGUGUUUGAACAAGUUUCAUUCUGUAGUUCUCUCGAGUCCCUGCAUGUAAAUCCCAAAGCUGAGCCUGACUCCAUGAGCCCAAGCUGAUACAUGUGGCACAAGAGUGAGUGGGUAUAUCCACUACUCACAAAAUAUAUGCAUAACAUGGUACAGUGAAUUUGGGGCUGAAAAAGAAAGUUGAUUUUGAAGUAUCCUGAGGGUUGGGUCAGCUAUAACAUUUUUAGCAUUACCUAAUGACUUGCAUUGUGGUUUUUCUGCAAGCAACUUUAGCAAUUUCAGUAUACCACAUGAUCUGCCAAUCUACAGAAGAAUGUGACGUGAUUAUUAUUAUUUUAAUAAUUGUUCCAUUUAUUGCUUUUAGGUCAAGGGAAGGGGAAGGGUUUUUGUUUAUUUGGUUUCAUUUUUUUUCUUUCUAUUCUUUGUUUUGGUGGCUUAGACUACAUUUAUUGAUGCUGUGACUAAUUCUACUCCCUGGCCCAUAUGUUCGGGGCUUCAUUUUAGGCUUACGUUUCAGAUCUGCAUGCAUUGCUUGCAUUUUCCUGGUUUAUCUCAAUGUUGAUUCCUUAUUCUAGGAAUUCAGCAUCAAUUUCCAAACUAUCAUGAGGCUUGUGACAACACAAGACAUGAAUCUGUACAAAAUUUAUUGGCAUUUCUCAUUUACCUGCUGUAGUAUUAUUGUACUGUGUGUGUGAGUGAGUGAGGGAGGGAGGGAGAGAGAGCGGGAGCGUGUGCAAGCUGUCUGGCUGCCAUGUCAAACUUCAAAGAAAAAUCUGAAAAUCAGACCAUCCUUUUUUGCAUGCUCUAUUAUAAGUAGAAUGUUCAGUGUAACUAACUAAAAUUGCAUGUUAAGGAUAUUUAGGUUUUUUUUUUUCUUUGCUUUUAUUUGUUUUCUGUUUCCUGUAUAUUUGCUUACUGUGCUGUUUAGUGGUUGUAGGAUAAAAAUGCACUGGUGAAGCAAAUGUAGUGCCAACAGAAGGUAAUUUUCCACUUGUAUAUGUCAUGCAGCAUUUGAAGGGACUGUGUAUUCUUAAAAAAAAUUCACAGUUACUUCUAAAAACAGAUUUCAUUUCUAUUAUUGUUUUAUGUGCCAAACCCCAAAGUGCAUUGGACUUGAAUUUUUGAAAGUUCUAGACCCAUUAGAAGACUGUUUUGAUUGUCACAAAUUGUAGUGCCUAAAAACAUUCUGAAGCUGAUUGUCUUAAAAAAAAGAAAGUUCUCCAAAGACAAAACAGAAACAAUUAUAACAGAAAGUAAUUAUGGUUGAAAUGUUUGUGGUUCCUUGGAAAUGCUGCGCUUUUUGUAUUUUACAUCAUUAGUGCAGUUUGAAUGAAUGUGUAUAGUUCUGAGGUCUUCAUGUUCACAUUUUAAAAUUAGGUAAAUGACCUCAUCUUUAGAGCUUGAAUUCAUUUUUAAUUUUCAUUUUAUUUUAUACAAUGUGUAGACAGUUCCCUGUUCUCUGCAUUUAGAAGUAUAGACAAUAUAAAUCUGUUAAUUCUGUAAGUAAUUUUUAUAAUUAUGAUGUAACUCUAUCCUAUCCUUAAAACAUUUAAAAUAAACCCUUUAUGUGCAA